GAUGACUCGCCAUCUACGCGUGUUUAUAAUAAUCUCCUUCCCCUUCAGUUCACACUGGGGCAGUGUAGUUGGUGCAUGUCUCACGGUUGCACACAUGGGUAGGGCUCGGAUGAUAAGGCCGGAGAUUGGAACAGAUUACCAUCCAGUGUCAGGGUAGCAUUUACUGAGGGGAGAUGACUGUAAGAUCUGUGGAUCCCUUUGGACUGCGUAGUUGACAUUUGAGAGGAUUCAACAGUGCUACGCUCAAGCAAGCAACACAACACAAACAGGUUUAUUUAUCUGUGUACAUUGCGCAAGGACGUGCUCAUGAAGACGUUCAUCGACAGCAACUGCAUCUCCAAGGAUCAUCCCUGUAUCUGUCUGUCAAGGAUGCCUUGAGUUUCGGAAACGACGCGAGGAAGGGUUGUUUUUUUUCUUCCGUGGGGGGAAGAUGUUUUCUCCCGCGCACUCGAUGCAUCGGACGUUACUCCUGGAGGCCAAACGCAGGAAAGAAACGGGAAAUAAGAAAGUGGCCGUCUACAAAGCUCCAGACCAAACAGAUUAUUCAAAGAGAGAGUACGAGAUGUCUGUGGACCAGGAGGAACUGAAGAAACGGCUGACGCCUAUGCAAUACCAUGUUACCCAGGAGCGUGGAACUGAACAGGCAUUUUCUGGUGAAUACUACAAGUUGAAGGAUAACGGUGUCUACCAUUGUGUUGUAUGCGAUGCUCCACUGUUCAAAUCAGAGACAAAAUAUGAUUCUGGAUCGGGCUGGCCCUCCUUCUAUGACCUGGCUGACAAGGGAGUGGCCAAACUACACCGUGACACCUCCCACGGGAUGGUCAGGACAGAGUGUAACUGUGCCAAGUGUGGUGCUCAUCUGGGCCACGUCUUUGAUGAUGGGCCAGCUCCUACCAGCCAGCGCUACUGCAUCAAUUCAGCAUCCCUCAAGUUCAACCCGAAAAAGAAGCCUGAGAAAUCAGAUUUAUAGCCGAGAAUUUCAACCAAAAAAGUCUUAUAUUUUGAUACAAAACAUAGCUGUAUCUAAGCCAUACAUUAUAAGUAGGUUUAAGAGAAUUCAGAUUCAUGUUAAUUGACAAAUUAAAAAAUGCAAUCUCGGUGAGACAACAGGAGCAUAAGAUGCUGCAAGCUUUACUGUUAUUCGCACAAUUUCUAGGUUUUCUUUUAAACUAAUUUGUGGUUUGAAUGGUUGGGACAUCUUAAAAACUUGCUGAAACGUUUUGUACCAAAGUUCACACAUGCUUAUACACUAGCAUCAUAGAUGAUUCUUACAAAUUUGAGGCUUCCCCGACUGUGUUCUAGGUUCUUAUCCAACUUUGUUCUGUGCAUAGUCAGAGUCGCGUACACUGGUACACUCCUAAUCCUCAACAUUCACAAUUGUGGUUUCUGACUAGCGCCCCUUGAACAAAAACAUUGACAAAUUGGGAACCACCAACAUAGGGCUGGAUAGCUCAGUUGGUAGAGCACCAGAACGGCAGUCCAGAGGUCACAGGUUCAAACCCCGAUCAAGUCAUUUUUUUUUUCAACUUUGAAAAAAUUAUGUUCAAUUUAAGGUUAGAAUCUUAUCUUGACAGUUUAAAAAGUAAGACUUUAAGGGAGUUGUGUUAUGAAUGAUAUAUUAAGGAAAAUAUUGGGGGGGAAAAUUUACAUGUGAAGGGAAAUAUUUUUAAAAAUUUAGAGUAAUAUAUGAAAAAGUAUUUAGUAUUGCCGGGAAGGUUUAUUUAGAAAUAUUAUUGGUGUUUCUCAAACAAGUAAUUUUACAGAGGCGGAAAAAGGAGGUCUUUCAUAGUGGCUAUUUGACAGUUUGUUACUGAUGAAACAAUUUGAAUCGACUGUUGGGUUUGCAACUGGGAAGUCACACAAAAAAGAGGAAAUUCAAAUCUUUCCAAGAAUUUGUACAGUGUUUUUCUAUUUUUGAUGGCAUACAUGGGAAGUGAAAAGGCAAAAAUCAGCUGAUCUUAGGAAAAGUUGCACGUCUGGACUGUGUAGCAUUUAGGUCACGGCUCAUGGGUGUCAAGAUUGCAUAGUGCAUUGGUAUUUUCUUGGUCAAAUUUCACAGAAUUUCUAAUUGAAAAAAAAAAUAACAAAUCUAUUUGCUAAAAAAAAUUCAGCUCUGCAGCGGUCACCAAAAAAAUUUGGCUGGUUACAUGGUUUUUUGAAGUAGAUCUUUCUGGUGCUUAGCAGUUCCUUGAAAUUUGCCUCCGGUUUCAGACGGAAAUAUACAAAUCACCACAGGCUUACCGUUGGACAGUUAUAUAUUGAAACCAAAACUUUACUGAAGAAAGCAUUUGAGUUUCUCACAUUUUAAACUAAUUUCAGCAUUGACAAUAUAUAAAGAGUUUAGUUCAAAACGCGAUAUAUCCAUUUGAAAAAAGUGAAAGAUGAGUACAGUAAUGAAACUUUAAAGAAUAAAAUUUAAAACAGUACAACAGCUGUUUCUAUAAAACUUCAUUUUUCGCUUCAUUGUAUUCUUAAGUUGCGUUUAAGUAUAUAAAAGCCGCCAAGACUGAACUGAGGCAGCCAAAAGAGGGCUGGUUUCUAAAAGGGGACAAAAUGGCAUAUAUAUUGCGUUUUGGAAAAUGCUUGAAAAUUUCCAUCAAGACAGAAUUUUAAUUAAUUUUUGUCUUUCUGAGCAAAUAUGAAAUAAACGCACAAAGCAUUGGCUCAUGGUUAACAAUCCUGUGUACUUUUCAACAACUGGCAAAGAAAGAUCGUUGUAAGCGGCUGAUUAUUAUAUGGAUAAUAUUAACCCAACUUGGCAUUGGAAUUUGUUUGAAAACCAAAAAAUUAUGAGCGAUGCAAUUUCAGUUUUUACAUUUCAAGAUGUAUUUUAACACUUUGUUGAACUUUGAAUAGUGUUGAAUGGAAGACAAUGUUAUUUUUUCUCUCUUGAGAUUUCUUAAAUAAAAACGAAAAGGAAAUGUU